GCAAGAUCUCUUGCUGCUCAACCGCCAAAGAGAUGUGGGAUAAACUUGAGGUGACGUACGAAGGAACGGACCAAGUACGUGAAGCCAAGAUUGACUUCCUCACCCAAGAAUAUGAGAUGUUCAGGAUGAAGGAGCACGAGAAUAUCGAUGAUAUGUUCGACCAUUUUUCCAAGAUAGUCAACGAUCUUCAUGCAUUAAAGAAGACUUACACCGACAGGGAUCUUGUGCGAAAGAUCCUACGGAGCUUGACAUCCGAAUGGCGAUCCAAGGCCGAUGCUAUCUAUGAGUCAAUCGGCACAUCAACUGUCACCAUCGACGGUUUAAAAGGUAAUUUAAAAACUUAUGAAUCUACUAUACUUAACCCAUCUUUGAAUGACCAGAGAAAAGGCAUAGCAUUAAAAGCCUCCAAAGAACCGACAAUGAAUGACUCAAGCGACGAAGAUGAAGUCAAGCUAAUCAUGAAGAAGUUUUGCAAACUUCUAAAGAAAGAGAAGGUCGAGGAUGGCCCUGUGUGCUAUGGAUGUGGUGAAGCCGGGCACAUCAAGAAUAAAUGCCCAAGAAGCGGAAGGAAUGCUCGUCACUUCAAAAAGCAAAGAGCAUACAUCAGAACCCCACCGCUGAGGCCGCUACUCAGUUCGCUUGUUCUCCUUCUGCUCCUUCGUUUGGAAACAGAGUAUCGAGUUCUUCUUCUCCUCACCGCCAACAACGAAAACCAAGAGUCUUUCUUCAAAAACGCCUUAAUCAUGGCCAGAGGAAGAUCAAAGUCUAAGGCUUCCAAGAAGAAAAGCACCGCCGAACCCUCAAGUUCCGCGCCUCUUCCGUUCCCAUAUUUGGACGGAUCAUUUCUUGAGUUCGGGUCGGAGGAAGAACUAACAUGCUUCCUCACUCACUUUGUUAAGCGCCCGAUCUCUCCACCUCGCGUGCUCCCGGAGUUGUUUCCCCAAGACAAAGGGUACCACAACCUCGACAACCAACUCCAAGCGUCAGGUUUGUGGCCAUUCGUCUCCAAGAGCCGCUCGAGCUUCAAUCCCGCCUUCGUCCGGGCUUUCUACUGCAAUCUCCGCCGUGACGGGGACACCAUUCGCAGCAGCAUCAAUCUCUACGACAUAGAGAUUGAUUUGCCUACCUUCGCUCGGGUCGCAGGGCUGCCCAUCCGCGGUGACGACAUCGCAACCUAUGGUGGCGACGAUUGGAUCCUCAACAACGAGGCGGUCGUCAUUCGUGAGCUUGGGAUCACCAACUUGAUCCGCCACAGUGGCGCACCGACGAUUCACUCAGCCCCACCGGACAAGCGCCUCCUCCUCUACAUCAUCACCCGGAUUCUCCGCCCCCGGGACAGCAGCCAUACCUCGCUCUUCAACGAGGACUUGAAGGCGAUUCAUGCCAUCAUCCAUGGCGCCUCCAUCAAUUGGGCGAAAUUCGUGAUGAUCCACACGGCGGAUUGCGCCUCCAUCGCCAGUGAGCGGAGCUUGCCAUACGCCUUCCUCGUCAUGGACCUCAUCAUCUCCGCCGACAUCUCCAUCGCCGGCCUGGAUACGAAGAUGACAAAGAUUUGGAUAAUUCAAGACAGCACCUUCCGGAAGAAGUCCGGAGACCAGGACGACGCAGGCCGGAGUCGUGCACCAGCCCCCGCUCCCGCCAAGGCCUCUUUGCAAUCCAUAGCCGAUACUCUGAACCGGCUAACCCUCACAGUGGAUGGCAUGGGGCAGUCAAUCGAGCGGAUGGACUGGACGCUGCAACGCCAACACCACGACAUGACGGCGUUCUUCCGCGGCAUCAACUACGUCCCACCGCCUUUUGACAGCACCUUCCUCGGCCAAAACUAUGAAGGCGAGGACGAGGAGGAUAACUCCUAAGCUCCAUCCUCCUCCCCCGACGAGGCCGACUUCAAAGAUGCGGUCGACGGUGAUCCCAUGGACGUCGAGGACGACGAGGAUGACGACGAGGACGCCGAUGCUUAGACUUCUCUUUUCUCUUCUUCCUAUGAUUGUAUUUCUUAUUUUUUUCUUCCAUUCCAUUGUAUUCCGCAUUCCCCUUUUCAUGAAUAAAAGUUUACUUUUACAAUUCUAAAGUUUACUUUUAAUUCUUUUUGUUAAUGUCAAAAGGGGGAAGAUAUUAAGGUUAUGCAUAAACUAAGGGGGAAUUC